AGCGGACGUGCGUGUGCCUUCGUGUGCUCGCUCUGCACUUUUAGCUCGCUCUAAACUUCCCUUUCGGCUGUGUUGCUGAGAGCUAUUUUCACCCAAACGCACGGCUCGGCUCGCUCGGGUCCGCCUGCCUCUCUGUGCUCGCCUCUCGCGGACACAGAGGGGCUAAAGGGUGACUGUGCGUGAGCCUGGCGUGUUUAGUGCGUGCUGACAUUGCUAACAGUGUGGUAAAUAAACAGCGGACCGUAGGAGCACACACGGAGCGCGGCGCUGUACGUUCAGAAUAGACUUGAGUCAGGCCACAGCUAUUGCAGCGACUGAGGGGUUUUCCCUGGCUCCUCCCUCGGUGCUUCGCAGGGCGUUCACGUGUAGCAACAGGCUCAAAAAUACGCUAUUCCCAUGUAUUGUUUUUGCUCUAUUCACCUCGUUUUUCUUCAUCCAAAUUACGCACGCCAAUUUAUUACACUUAAUACAUCAUGAGCACAAUUUUAACACGUUUGCACACCAUUAUUUUCACGCGUAAACACCCAACGCCCUGCACUUUUACAUAACAGUCCAGUUUCAGCGACAUCUCCUACAACUAUUUGGCAUGUGUCCACGUUUGGAUGCGCUCUCACUCCAUUGGCACGCCGUUUAAGGCAGGGUGUUCCCUCAAAAAGCGCUUGGCAUCUUGACAGACGACCUGUACGUAGCCAAUUCUUUUAUUUCCCUUUCGCCUCUGCGCCAAAACACAACCAAAGAAAAAAAAAUAAAAAAUCACCAACACCAGGCUGGUGAUACCGUCUUUACGCGUACGUCUCGGUGCACGCCGCCAGAUUUCGCAUCCCUAAUUUUGUUUUUGUGGAAAAUACGACCCGUGGGGAUGAUGUCAUUGCUGUAGCGCCACGGGAGAGCAUCCACGAGCAGCCAGUUGUAGUAAGAGUUAUGUAAUAUUGGAAAAGCGAGCGAACAAUGAUUGGCUAUUGAGACAUUCCCACUACGUUAAUAUGUCCAGGACAGGUGAUGCGUUAUUCUGCGUGGGUCUGAUGGCUACGAUUUUAUGAUGCAACGAUGUUUCCUGACUCGAGUCCAGGACUAAACUUGACGCGAAGCCCUUCCUGUAACUUUCCCAUGAUGCACCUGUGAAUCAGAGGGGCAGAAAGAUGCCGCGGACCAAGCAAAACAACCCCAAGAAUCUGAAAGAUAAAAUUGAAGAAGCACAAAAGGAGCUGAAAGAGCCCAAAAGCUCUCAGAAAGGUGUGUCUGAAAUCAGCCGCCGAAAUGUUGACAAGUCUCAGAGCCUGAAGAGGAAGAAAGUAGUUGCGGGCAACCAGCUCAAGAAAAUCCCCAAAUCUCCAGUGAAAAAACCCUUACAGUCAAAGCCAUGUGACUCCACUGGCCAAGAAACGCCAUCAGACAAAACUACUCCGCUGUGCUCCUCUUCCUCAUCAAACAGUCCCAUCCACCACCCUACAGCGCCAACUAGUGGACAAACAGAUAUCCAAAAUGUACCGAGAACUGAAAAAUCCCCAAAAGAAGGAAUUCCGGAACUAGAUCAGAUUAUAAAAGAACCGAAAUCACCGGAAUCAUUUAAAAUUGAGAAGGUGUCUUUAGAAACAUCUCAACCUUCUCCAACUCAGAUUAACAACACGCAGUCUCCUAAACACGAAGAAGAACCUUAUCAUAGCAGUGCGCCGCUAGAUGUUUUGCUAAAAGCUAUGGAGCCGGAUUUUAGCACAUUAGCAGAAAGGAAAAAUCAGCCAGUUGCAAAAGUUAGCGCACAAGCCAGCAUCGGCGAAGUCCAAGCUAUGCCUACGCUUAACGUCGGAAUCCAAUCUUCACACAUGCAAACCUAUUACAUUGACAAACAAGGGAAUUUUAUUGGUAUAGCUGCGCCGAUACAAGGAACAGUGCAAGCAGGGACCCAGACUUUGCAAAGUGGGACUCAUUUUAUACCAGUUGCGAAUCCUGAAAAGCCAAGAUUGCAAAUGAGUUUUAACCCAGGGCCAGUGGCAAUAACCCACGGAUCAAAUGCAUUACCGCAAAGCCAACCGCCAAUAGUCCAAACUUGCCAGUCUUUAUCCGCAACUGUUCCUAGUUCUAUCCAGGUCCCAGUAACUCCAGGAAGCAACCAAGUUCAAAUGGCGACUGUGAUGAGUUUCGGAGAUCAGAUUUCCAAAGACCAAAAGCCGAAGAAGCCAGGAAAAUACGUUUGCGAAUACUGUAACCGAGCAUGUGCCAAACCAAGCGUGCUGCUAAAACAUAUCCGAUCCCACACAGGGGAACGCCCAUAUCCGUGCGUGACCUGCGGAUUCUCGUUCAAAACAAAAAGCAAUUUGUACAAGCACAAAAAAUCGCACGCGCACGCAAUUAAACUUGGGCUGAUGGCGAGAUCGGAAUCAGGAGGUGGUUCGUUAUCCCAAGAGUCGGAAAAAGGAGGAGGGACGCAUUCGGAGGCGGAAGAUACAGGGGAGAGUGAUGAAGAAGGUAGUAACCAUGAACUAGAACAAGAUUUGACGCAAAGUAAUAUCGUAGCAGUUUCUGAAAAUAGUUUGCAAUGUUUAAACCAAGCUGAAGUUGAUCAAUCGAAUGUGGUUGAUUCUUGCAAAAUUCAAACUCAGAAAUCUUACGAACCAAAAGUUACGGCUGCGCUUCCAAAAGUUGUUGUUUAUCCUGUAAAUGUUUCACCCUUGAGAGCGGAUAGCCCAAGAGUUACUAUGGCAGCACCGGAGCAAGCAGCGGCACGUCAACGCGAAUUCCAGUCGGCAAGUUUGAGAUCAAGUGUCACGGUGUUGUCUUCGCUGAAAGAGGUUGAUGGGACGAAUGCGUCUAUAGAUGUAAGUGAGGAUGAGGAUCAACAAUGCAAGUCUCCACUACUGGGAGGGCAUGCACAGCUCCAAAGACAACAAGCAACCGAUUUCUCACAACAGCAGCAACCGAAAUGCCUGCUUAGUCCGAGAAGCUUGGGUAGCACCGACUCAGGAUACUUCUCCAGGUCUGAAAGUGCAGAUCAAGCUAUGAGUCCACCAAGUCCUUUUGUAAAAAUAACCCCACCUGUAGAAAUUGACAAAAAUGUUCUUCCAAGUAUGCCACCGAUUGUUGCAACAGUAAUGCAUGUGCAAACUGCUAAAGUAAGACCAAUAGAAGGGCAGAUGAGACCACCGUUAGAACCGAAAGCAUUGUCAUUAGAAGAACGUAUUUCCAAACUGAUUUCUGACAAUGAAGCGGUCGUUGAUAAUAAACAACUGGAUAGCGUCAAACCAAGGCGAACGUCUCUGUCAAGGCGAGGUAGCAUAGACUCUCCCAAAUCAUAUAUUUUCAAAGAUUCUUUUCAAUUCGAUCUUAAACCGAUGGGGAGAAGGUCCAGUUCGAGUUCUGACAUCCCAAAAUCGCCAUUCACACCCACAGACAAGUCAAAACCAGUAUUCUUGCUCUCUGUACCUUCGCAGUACCCUCCAAUGGACUGCUUGCCAAUAACUAGAAGUAACUCGAUGCCAACUACUCCGGGACACUCAGCUUUGCCAGUUAAUGUACCACCGCUUCCUCACCCAUUACGAAUUUGCCAGUCAUUUGAUGAGAAAAUUAGCCCACUCAACGAUGAUGUCUUCUCUUCUGCACCUCCAACGCCAAAUCCAGCAAUGCAUGCAAGAACUUUGGUUCGACAAGUAGCCGUAGAAGAUUUUUCCACAAGUCAUGACGGACAUGUUCUUCCAACUGUGAGGUCUAUGGACGAGGGAUAUCAAGGACCGCCAAGUAAUAUGACAGAAUUAAUGCAACGUAGCAGAUCUUUCGAACACAACCAAGAUAAAACCAGGAAACCGCUGCAAAACAAAGGCACUAUGUACGAAUGUGAAACGUGUCGGAAUCGGUACAGGAAGUUGGAAAAUUUUGAAACACAUAAGAAAUUUUAUUGCUCGGAAUUGCACGGGCCAAAAAAUAAACCAGCUAAAGAGGUUGAGCCAGAGGUUUUCCAUGUACAUAUGCAACAGUCAAUAAUCUCAAGGUCUGCGUCUGGUUCCGGAAUUAUCGAUCAACAAACGUCUUUCAGGAAGCGUAGAAUGAAAAUGAAAAGCGUAGGCGAUGAGGAUGACCAGUCCCCAACAGAUACGGUCCCGCCUUGUUCGGUUAGUUUCGAUUCAGGACAGUUAACUACUGCAAACCGGACAUUUCCUCCCCAUGCGGUUAUUGUAGAUGUGCAACCGAAAAACAACCAAGCAAAGCUACCUCAAAUUCAACUUGUAGCAAGAGGUACAUCUGAUGCAAGACUUUCGCCGAUACGAGAGACGAAAAUUGCAAAUAAAGGGGAGUUGCAAAGACAAGGAAGUGGGACAUCAGUUAUAAGGCAUACUAACUCGUUAAGUCGACCGAAUUCAUUUGACACAGAAUCAAUGGACAGAGCAUCUCCAGUGGAAAAUAUGGAAAAAGAUCUUGCAAAUAAGCCCAAAGCUGACCAAGUAGCAAAUAUUUCAAAGGAUGCAUGUCAUGAAAGUAAAUCUAAAAGUGGAGAUUUUGGGAAAACAAGAGUAACACAAUACAGUGAAGGAAAAGUUGUUGAAAUUCCAACUACUCCUGUGCAUCAGUCCCGACUUGUACGUCAAAACAACAUUCAAGUUCCUGAAAUACUCGUAACAGAAGAACCAGAUAGAGAGACUGAUUCACAAAACAUCGAUCCGUCAGACAAGUCAACCGAUCAAUUUAACUGGCCGCAAAGAAGUGAAAGUUUGUCAAAAUUACCUGCAGAAAAGUUGCCACCUAAAAAGAAAAGAAUCCGAUUGGCGCAAAUGGAUCAAUCUUCUGGCGAAUCAAGUUUUGAGUCAAGUUUGUCCCGAAGUCUAAGCAGAGAUAGUAGUUUGUCUCGUGGAUCGAGUAUUUCGGCAUCUUUUGACAGAGAGGAGACUUUACGGUCAGAAAGUCCAUCAAGAGUGGAGUAUAUUAACAAAAAUUCCGAUUUACAAGGCUUGCCUGCAGCUUUUAACACAUUAAAUGUCCCAGGAACUAUGCGUCGUGCCGCUUCGGAACAAAUUACUUGCACGCAACCAUCUGUGGAGGUUUCAACUGAGCAUCGAAGUAAGUCUUUUGAUUGUGGAAAUGUAUCGCCAAGCAGGUCUGCGUCUCCAAUUGGUCUGCCAAAAAGCACUUCGCAAGUACCGCUUAUUGAAAGAAGACGUGGUCCAUUGGUACGGCAAAUGUCACUGAAAAUCGGUCCUGAAAGCCAACAACCUGUUCGUAAAAGUGUCACGCCGCUUGAAAAAGUAGCUAACGUUUACUCGCUGUCGCAAUCAAAGCCGCAGCAAAUUCAUAUCGCCAAUAAGAAUACAACAAGUCAACCUUUUGUGCUGCAGACGGGAGACAGGCCUUUGCAAAAGAAUGAGCAGCUUGUGCAGUGUAUAAACUUGGGUAGUCCAACGUUACAACCGCAAAUUCACGGGCUUCCGCAUCCCUGGCAUCAGACAUCGAGAGUUCAAAUUUGCCAAAAAGCUCAACAACCUCUCAAUCAGAUCCUAGUUUGUCGGGAAAAUUUGCAAAACAAGCCAACAGACAAGGACGACAAGGCUAAUUUUGUCCCUAAGUACCAACUUCCAUGCUCGAAUCUUAGAGCCAGCCAAACUUUUACAUUCUCAAACACGCAAGGAACUCAAAUCGCUCUGCCAGUUUUAACCAUACCUAUUGCCAAUCCGAUUUUGAGCACUUCGAAAUCUUCAGAAAUAAUGCAAAAUGUCUACGUCGCACAACAAGCUAGCCAGCAAACUAGUGAAACUCAGUCACAAGCUAGUGCCAUACCGCUACCGCAAAUUUUGAUAACGCACGAGCAAAUUAACCAAGCUCCGACAAACAAAAAUGUCGUAAUGUCAACGCAGUCUAUUGAAAAUGAUGCAAAGAAAGAGAAUCCGCCAAACCCGCCAGCUAGCAGUCCAAGUAGCAACGCAGGGCUAGUGUCUUCAAUUGGCCCAAUACAGUGCACGCAAAAGCUAGCAUCGGUAACGCUAUGCCCGCAGCAAGAGCCGACCGCUUCAAGUAAACGUAUGCUGUCCCCGGCGAACAGUUUAGAUAUAUACAUGGAGAAGCAUCAAAAACGCGCUAAAGACGAACAUGGAGUCGCUUGCCUCACGGAUGGAAGAUCGAUCAAUUAUCUCAAUUCGAAAAUGUCCGAAGUUACGAGGCAAAGAAAACUGAUGCUGGUUCGACAAACUUGCACGACCGAACCGGCGGAUAGCCCAAUAGAAACAGAAGCGCCUCCGUUGUCACCGCCAAAAUCUGAAACUGAGAAAGAAGGAGAAACGAACGAAGACGACAUUAAACCGAUGUCGCCCGAUAGCGCCGGAAUUGAAAAAGAAACAUGUACAAUUAUACCAGAAGAGACUUUGAAUACCACAACCCAGUCUAUGCCCGUUUCAAAGACUCAAGACAAAAUUGAGGAACAAAAAUGGCUUCUGGCGAAAUCUCCUAUAAGACCUUCCAGUUUUAGUAGCGGACAAGUGAAGCUAACGACGUCUGUGUCAGUUGUUAAUACUAAAGACAGCCAUCGCUUGUCAUUUCCAAGUCUCAAAACGACAACGACGUACACGUGGUGCUUUUUGAUGAAGAGGAAGUCGAUCCACGUACAGCAGACGGAUUUGAAGACGUCGGCCUAUUCAACGUGGUCCGUUUCGCCCAAUAACCCAAACCCGCUGGGGCUGCCGACCAAGGUGGUGAUGUCGCUGUUUAAUUCGAAACAAAGCUCCAAGAAAAUCCUCUACACUUCGGCCAUAAAGACGAGUGGGGUCAAAGAUAUUCUGUCCUACUCUGGGAAGCUGAAGGACGUCAUGCCCAAGGUGCCGUUGCCUCAGAAGUGUAAAUCUGCUGCUGUGAGACCCAAAGCUCAGCCAGAGAUCCAGAGCAGCCUCGAGUCGGACAAAGACCUGUCCACCAAGAGCGAACCGAGACGGGUCAAGAUAUUUGACGGAGGGUACAAGUCAAACGAGGAGUAUGUGUACGUGCGGGGCCGAGGCAGAGGGAAGUACAUCUGCGAGGAGUGCGGGAUCCGCUGUAAAAAGCCCAGUAUGCUCCGAAAACACAUCAGAACCCAUUCCGACGUCAGGCCCUACCACUGCAACCACUGCAACUUCUCCUUCAAAACCAAAGGGAACUUGACGAAGCACAUGAAGUCCAAAGGCCACAGUAAGAGGUGUCUGGAGAUGGGGGUCCCCGAGGGUCCGCUGGACGACCAGGACGCAGAAGACUCUGGAGACCGGAGCCACGUGAGCAGCGCCGACCGCCCCGACUCGGACGCAGACGAUUCAGAUGAAGACGACGAGAACGAGGAAGAGGAGGAGGACAGUCAGGCCGAAUCUGGACUCUCCACCAACCCGUCCGUGUCCGCCAGCCCUCAGCACUUCCCCUGCAAAGAGUCAGAUGCCCCGCCAAGCGCCCUGCUCGCUCAAAUGUCCAUCAGCUCCGUGCUCCCGCUGUGCCAACAACAGCAGCUCACCGAGUCGGGCGUUUCCGACACAGAUUCGGUCCCCAUGUUGAGUCCGAAGCAGCUGACGGCCGGCGGAGGGGCAAGCGUGGCACUGGGGGUCUUGGAUGUGCACAAGUCUCACUCGGCAGCAGUAGCGCCCCCUGCUGGAGUGGCAGAGGUGUCAGAUACAGAGUCGGUCCACAUGAUGAGUCCAGUGUCCCCGUGCAGACAAAUGUCCAUUGACUUCCCAGACUUCGAAGGGCCACCCAGUCCCACGGCUCCUGGGAACAACGCGGCCAAGAACGGACAGGACUCUCCAGCGCCCUCUUCUGCCCCCUCUUCAGAUCUGUCCCUCCCCGUCGACCGCGGGACCCAGACGUCCAUCUUCCCCUGUCACACUCCUCUCCUCUUCCCCCAAAACCCCUCUCCUGCGCCCUCUGCCGGCCCCUCCGCUCUGCCCCUCAACGGAGAGACCCACCUCUUCAGCCACCUCCCCCUCCACUCCCAGCAACCCCCGCGCUCCAACUACAACAUGCUGCCAGUAGGGGGCAUCCAGCUGGUCCCCGCCGGUUUAGCCGCUUACUCUACGUUUGUGCCAAUCCAAGCCGGGCAAGUUCAGCUCACCAUACCUGCCGUCGGGGUGAUCCACCGUAACACGAGCCCUCUACCGGCCCCGAAUAUGUCUCCGCAGCCGGGGGAGGGCAUCCAGAGUAAUCCCGUUUUGGUGCAAGACCCAGCUGGCGUAGUUCCUUGCUUCCCUGUGGCGCAAACGCUACAGCCGCUGAACUUAGAGACGCUGAACAUCAUGGGAAUCGCAAAUACGGGGCUAGCGUCGACGCAGCUGCUCCAACAACAAGGCCUGACGCUAAACGCCACGCUGGGUUUGCAAGUUUUAGCGGCGAGCCCGACGUCUCAAAGUAGCACGCAAGUACCGGGGUUGCAAAUAGUUAAUAUCGCUUUACCGGCGAUUAUACCGUCCAUGAGUCCCAUCCCGGCUCUGAGUCCGUUACCAGCGGGAGCAGAGAGGCAAGGGAGCCCGGAAGCGCAACCGGAACGCGGGCAAAGUCCGGUGAAAAUGCCAGUAUCGCCCGCUCCCAUGGUGGCCAACAGUCCUCCGAUGUUAAGCGCCAGCCCUGCACACGUUUGCAGCGACGCAAAACCAGCAGAUAAACAGGAAGUGAACGCAUUCACAGAGCAAAAAUUAUCACCAGUUCCUGAAAGCCAGAUCAUGAAACCCGCCAAAACGUGGCAGAAAUCGACGGAGGAUUACAACGAAGCGUCCAGCGAUGAUGAGGAUCGGUUGGUCAUCGCCACCUGAACGAGAACGUGAAAUUUUUGUAACUUUUGUCACUUUUAAAGACUUUUGAAAAACACUUCUUCAGGGGUUUGUGUGUUUGCAAAUCGCUGUCAAAAAGCACAGAUGCUGACAUUCGUAACAACGGUGCAAUCUUAUCAAUUAUUAUUAUUACGACCAAUUAUUUUUACGUUUUGUCACUUUUUGUUUUGACUUUUCUUUUUGUAAAUGUUGUAUAGACAAUUGUGCCUUUAUGGAGUAACUUGUACAUAUUUUCUUUGCGUAGUGGCUUGUGUAAUUUGAGAAUUCUGAUCUUUUUUUUUUUUUUCGUAAAUUGGAUGGAUUGUAUCAGUAAUUGUACAUUUCUCUGGACGGGAGCAGCGUGUGUACAGAUGUGAUGUUAUAUAUUUAUUCUGCUCCUCCGAGUGGUGUUUCAGUCCAUAGGUUCAUGUGCAUUAUGAUGGUAGCUCUACAUGGCUGUAUCAAUAUUCUUAAAUGUAUCAGUAAAAUAUUUGGUAAUAAAAUACAAGUGAUGUCACGGAA